GAGACUAGAUAAAUUGAGGCAGGUGAGAGUGGACACGAGACACUGAGAAGGACCGCGACAGGCACCGGCAGCCUGAGUUCAGCUCCACUUUUAACAGACUCCUAAGAGGAGGACAUUACAUUCUCAAAAGGACUGCUGACAGCUCCAGAGCUGAGAAUGCAUUUGUGUCCUUAGGGAGGCAAAGUGAUGAGAAGAUAAAAGAGGAAUCAUUGGAACAAGGAUAACACUAGAGCUCAAGUUAUCAAAACAGUGAACCCUCACGAGUAAGAGAGUGGAAGACCAUAUCCCAGUGAGAUGGAGCCGAGUCCUGUGCUGUGGCACACUCAGGUGGUCCCGCUGGAAACAGACCUGGAGAGGGUGAGCUUGCAUCCUGAGUGCUCCAUCUGCUUCAACAUCUAUGACAAUGUCUUCAAAACGCCAAAACAGUUGGACUGCACACACACCUUCUGCCUCGAGUGCCUUUCCCGCAUUAUGACCACCUCCAUGGACCCCCAAAACUCAAAAAUCUCCUGCCCCUUCUGCCGCCAUCCCACUACCAUCCCCAAAAAAGGCCCUCCGGCUUUGACCACCAGCCAGGAGGUGCUGUGUCGUCUGCCCGUCCACCAGCAGCAAGAGGAACCGGUGUGGCUGGACGGAGAGAGGCUGUGCUAUCAGCGGCCAAUAGACAUUCCAGGUGUGCCAGCGUUCUGCAUCUGUGUCAAUAUUGGGGCCAGUGGACAAAGCACUGUAUCUUCUUCCCAAACUCGACCACGACUUGGGCUUCUGGAACGACUGAUGGAUUCGAAGCGUUUAGUGAUAUUUAUAUUCCUCAUGGUGCUGCUGCUGGGGAUCGUUCUGUGGCCCCUGCAGUGCAUCGUCACGACGGGCUCCAUGCGUUGUGUGCCACAGAACUUGCAGAUGUCUACUACCACACCUUCUAUUACCACAGUCAAUGUAUAAGAUAGACAUGUCUAGAUUGUUACUGGACUUGCUAAAUCAGGAUGACCGGUGUGAGUUUACAGUACAUCCAUAACUCCCUGCAAAGCCUGCUGGGUGCUCAAGGGGUUAAGGCAAGCAGCAGGACAGCUGUAAAGACUCAAGAACUGUAUCGGAAUCAUUAUGUCACCUUACAGCACAUGUGAACAAGUGUGACAAAACUGAUCGACGGCUAAAUGUCUGCUUACAUUGAUCAAAACAACAUUUUUACAGAAUUUUUGGAGCAAUUUUGCAGGCAAAAAAGGUCCAUUGUCAGUAGUGUCAUGAUGUGAAAUGAAAGUCACAGCAGCUUUCUGUUGGUCAACAUGGCAAAUCUGCAUUACCAACAUGAACAUGAGCGAAAUCUGUUUUGAGAACCUUUUCCAGAUGAUCACACACAUUUCUAUUGAAAUUUGAGUUGACUUGAGAACAGUACAUUUAACUGCAGCUUAAUCCAAAGAAAGCAGAAUGUUUUUUUUUUUUUUUACUUGUACAUUCAUUUAUAUUUUUUUUAUUUGAUUGUAUUUCAUCCCAUGAAGUGUAUUUUGUUUACAAAAAAAAGUGAACUGUUUCUGUAAACCACACAAGGAAGUUCAAGGAAUGGUGUCACAGAAUGUUUUUCAAUUUUAAUAGGUACAAUAAUGAUAAAACAGAUUCACGUGGCCCUAAUUUAUCACUUCCUGCUCUAGGAUGGUUAAACCAACACACCUCAAAGAAUAACCGUCUGAAACACAAGCCCUGCGGUGACUGGUCCUGUGUACACGCUCACACCCACGUAAACUGAUCCUCUGAGUGUGUUUUGUGGGGAUGAAUUAUCAGUUUCCUACUUCCAGGUGUUUUC